AUGUCGUCGUCGCUGUUGAGGAAAGCGAACCCGGCUGCGCGUGCGCUGGCGCGUUCGUACGCUUCGCUGCACAAUACGCCUAGCAGCAGCAAAAGCCCUACAGCCAUCGUCAUGCUCAACAUGGGUGGACCGUCAACAGUUGCAGAAACCAAGGACUUUUUGACGAACCUCUUCCUCGACGGCGACCUGAUCCCCCUGCCGUUGCAACGCUGGUCGGCGCCUAUCAUCGCCAAGCGCCGUUCGCCACAAAUCGAGGAGCAAUAUGCAGCCAUAGGCGGCGGUAGCCCCAUACUGAAAUGGACGGAGCUACAAGGCGCUGAAAUGGCCAAACUGCUCGAUGAACUACAUCCCGAAACAGCACCGCACAAACCCUAUGUCGCCUUCCGCUAUGCCCGCCCCCUAACGGACGAGACAGCCGCCCGCAUGCGUGCUGACGGCGUCAAGCGGGCUGUGGCGUUCACGCAGUAUCCGCAGUACAGCUGCUCGACUACUGGCAGCAGUCUGAACGAGAUAUACCGCAAGGGCGUGAACGGUGGACCACUGGGCGGCAUCGAAUGGAGCGUUAUCGACCGCUGGGGGACACAUCCGGGUUUCGUGGAGGCUGUUGCGCAGAACAUCGAGCGCGCACUACAGAAGUUCCCAGAGGAGGACCGUCGUGACACGGUCCUAUUAUUCUCCGCACACAGCCUACCCAUGACCACCGUCAACCGUGGGGACCCGUACACGUCGGAAGUCGCGGCCACCGUGAGCGCGGUGAUGGAUCGCCUGGGUCAGUCAAAUCCCUACCGGCUCGUGUGGCAAAGUCAAGUUGGCCCGCGUGCGUGGAUGGGACCGCAGACGAACGACGCUAUCAAGGGCCUCGCUAGGUUGGGCAAGAAGCAGGUGGUGAUUGUGCCCAUCGCUUUCACGAGUGAUCACAUUGAGACGCUGUUCGAGCUUGACCACGAAUACGUGCGGGAGGGGCGUGAGCUUGGGCUGAAAGUCGAGCGAGCGGAGUCGCUCAACGGGUCGCCCGUAUUCAUUCGUGCACUUGCGGAUCUCGCCGCAGCGCACUUGCGUGACUAUGGUUCAGGCAAGAUCGGACCUACGAGUAUACAGCUGGGCUUGCGGUGUCCCGGGUGCGAAAACGCGACGUGUGAGAAACAGAAGGCGUGGUUUGCGCGGGGCGGGCAGUAA